AACUCUCUUCAAUAUCUGGCUUAAGGAGGACAGUUGUGUUCUCUUACUGAUAAUGAAUAAAGAGUGCUUCCCAGAAUUGACAAUUCAAGAAAUCAGUGGUGAUCUAUGUCAAAAUGAUUUUGAGGAUAGUAAUUCGAGGACAAGGACCAAGUCUUUUGUAUACCAUUUUAUCCUCAGAGUCUAAUACAGUUCUUGGCACAUAGUAACGGUCAGAUAUUUGGUAGGUGACUAAACUAUACUGCAGUGUGUUGAGAAGUGAACAGAAGAUACGGAUUCAGGGAGCAUAGAAACCUCCUUCAUGGCACUUGGUUGAGAAAAGAAGAGAAAUGAGGGGAAUGAGGGUGCAGAUUCAGCAGAGGACUUUUUAAAAUAAUGUUUUCAUGUGAGGAAAAAAUAUAAAAACCAAUAGAGAGAAAUUAAGAAAACAGGAAAGAAAUGGAAUAAUUAGGAACCUAGGCUGGGAUAGGGUAGCAGGGCAUUUCAAACAUUAAUGAGGAUAUGAGAUUCCAGAUCUUGUUGAAAUGCAAAUUCUGAUUCAGCUGGUAGAGGUUGUGCAUUUCUAACAAGCACCCAGAUAAUCUUAAGGCUGUUGGCCCCAGGGUUACACUUAUAGUGAUUUUCUAGAACCCAGUUGAGGAAGUGAAUCUUGGGCAGGAGAAAUACACACCUCUCACAUUGAGUUUGGAGAUCCAGCCCAUCUGAUAUAACUUUUUAAGAGAGAAACAUAAUUUUCCAAAUAUCCAAUUGAUAACCUUACCCACUAAAUGGCUGCAUUAUGAAAAUUGCUUCACUUUCAAUUAUCCAGAGUCCACCAAUCGAUUACUUUGAUGUAUUUAAAGAAUCAAAAGAGCAAAAUUUCUAUGAGUCACAGGAAUCUGUCAUUGCUUUAUGUACUUACCUGCAACAAUUGAUAAAAACUAUUGAAGACCUAGAUGAAAAUCAGCUGAAAGAUGAGUUUUUUAAACUUCUGCAGAUUUCACUGUGGGGAAAUAAGUGUGAUCUGUCUCUCUCAGGUGGAGAAAAUAGUUCUCAGAAGACCGAUGUAUUAAAUUCAUUGGAAGACCUAAAACCUUUCAUUUUAUUGAAUGAUAUGGAACAUCUUUGGUCAUUGCUUAGCAAUUGCAAGAAAACAAGAGAAAAAGCUUCUGUUACUAGAGUGUAUAUUGUUCUCGAUAAUUCUGGGUUUGAGCUUGUUACAGAUUUAAUAUUAGCCAACUUCUUGUUGUCCUCUGAACUGGCUACUGAGGUUCAUUUUUAUGGAAAAACAAUUCCAUGGUUUGUUUCUGAUACUACUAUACAUGAUUUUAAUUGGUUAAUUGAACAGGUAAAACAUGGUAAUCAUAAGUGGAUGUCCAAGUGUGGGGCUGACUGGGAAGAGUAUGUUAAAAUGGGUAAAUGGGUUUACCACAAUCAUAUAUUUUGGACUCUGCCUCAUGAGUUCUGUGCAAUGCCUCAGGUUGCUCCCGACUUAUAUGCUGAACUACAGAAGGCACAUUUAAUUUUAUUCAAGGGUGAUUUGAAUUACAGGAAGUUGACAGGUGACAGAAAAUGGGAGUUUUCUGUUCCAUUUCAUCAGGCUCUGAAUGGCUUCCAUCCCGCACCCCUCUGUUCCAUAAGAACAUUAAAAGCUGAAAUUCAGGUUGGUCUGAAGCCUGGGCAAGGGGAACAGCUCAUGGCCUCUGAGCCCUGCUGGUGGACCAGUGGAAAGUAUGGAAUAUUUCAGUACGAUGGUCCCCUUUGACUUGAUUUAGGAGCUCUCAGUUGCAUAGAAAGAUCUGACGAGCACCUUUUCAUCCCCAGAAAAGGAGCGCGUGAAUUGAGUCGCCCGGCGGCUGGCUCUGUACCCACUCUGGGAAGCUUGGCUUCUCCGUGCCCAUCUACAUGCACUGGAUGAUUUUUCUUUUUAACAUUUUGCCCCACUACACUGUUUUGGGGAUAGAUGGGUUAAGCAGGUUACAGAUAAUUACAUUUAUAUUGGAAUUUUAGCAACUUUUUUUCAGGUUAAAUACAUCAUUUCAAGUGCUUUUAAUGUGUUUUUAAUUGGCUAGGAAGCAAAAAAUAAGCAAGUUCUGCUUUUAGUUAGUUAACCCUAUUCUUUUCUUAAAUAGUACACUGCAUGGUAUUUAAUAUUCCAGGAAGCAUGGAAUUUUAUUUUGCUUGAUUUUGGGCUCAUGAAAUAAUAGCUCUGUGAAAAUGCACAUCUUAAUGACUCUCUGUAAAGAGGCAUUCCUUACAACUGUGAUGUUUCCUCACAUAAAAGUUACCUCAUAAGUUAAUUCUAACUUUUAUUCUCCUUGAAUUUUAUUUCAUUUCAAUAGCUUGUUUCAUUUGCACACCUUUGUAUUUUGAUUGAUCUGUAGAAUAGAUGUUAGGAAACCCAGAAUUGAACACAGUGAAAUAAAUGGUAUUUUAAGAAAUAUAAUAUCUUUUAUAUUCUAUUUAUGAUAUCCGUAAUCAAAUGAGAUUAUUUUACCACAUGAGUGUUUUAAAUAAAUAGAUUUUUAGUUUGCAGUUUUAGGAAAAUGCUUUAGAUAGAAAAGGUUCUUACACAUUGAAUUUGGAGUACUACCAACAAUGAGUGAAUUUAUUUUUUAUAUUCUUACACAUUUUAUUGGUCAUUGUCACAGAUACUAAAUACUAAACAUUUCAGGUCAUUUUGUUUUGAAACUGAAAUUGGAAAUAAAUCUGGAAAUGUUUUGUUGCACUAAAAUAAUAAAAUGAGUUGUACU